AACCGGGAGGCAGUUUGAGAAUAGGUUGUUAUUGAUUUUGUUGUUGUGAGGGGUGGUUGUGAGUGAGCUCGAAACGUUAGUGUGAGUUUGUGUGGUUAGUAGUAGGCAAAUCGUUAUGGCUGUGAACGAGGGAAUGGAGAAAUGUGAAAUUGAAGUUGUUAAUCCAUCCAUUUUAAGUAAAAUUGAAAGCUUCUUCAAUGAUGCCACUUACAGAGAAACAAUUGAGAAUUCGGCGACUUAUAAUACACGCUUGUGUAUUGAAAGAAGACUGCGAAUGCCGUUUCUUGAUUCUCAAACAGGUGUUGCACAGAAUCACUCAAAUUUGUUUAUGAGCUCCCGUGAACGAAUGCCUGGCCUUGUAGAAGGCCAGAUUUACACAUAUCCCUCAAAACGUUGGCGGAAAAAGCGGCGGCAAUAUCUUAUGAAUUUUAUGCAACCUCGUCGAAAAGAGGUUGACCCAGAGGCAGACUUACACACUAUAAGCACUGUUGAGAAUCCAGCAGUUUGCAACAAUGAAGACAGCAAGGAAAGUGUCAGCUUAAAAGAUGAAGUAGUGAAGUCAACCACAAGGCAGGCUCCUCCCCAUCGACCCCGGGUGCCUGGCUAUCUCGUUCCAGAUAGCUCUCCAGCUCUAUCUGAAGAUGCCCUUUGCAACUUGGGCAAAACACCUGGUGGUCUUGCAGCCAACUGCGCGUGGGAUAGCAACAUGAAAACCAGCCACAUACAAGAUGCUUGGUAUUAUGAUGAAUUGGAUAUGCAAGAAAUGGAAGCAUUUGAUGACCCGGAUCCUGACUCUGAUUAUGAUUAUGAAGAAUCAUAUACAAAGAGGAAAAAGAAGUCAAAGAAAGCUCCAAGGACAGGUGACUCACCAGCUGUGAAGAAACCAAAGGGUCAGGGAAGAGGUCGCAAGAAAACGAAUUAUGAUGCUGUCUCUGAUGCUGAAAAACCAUUUGCCUGUGAACUGUGUGGAGCGCGGUACAAGACCCGACCUGGGCUCACGUACCACUACACUCACUCUCACAAGGAUGAGGAGAGCGGAGAUGCCCCUUCGACGCAGGCACAGGUGCCUCUUCAGGGAGGGGGCCAAAGCCCAGUUGUGGGCUCACCCGGGCCUGCCCACACGUCUGCUGCUCCCACACCCGCUGGUGAGCCCUUCGCCAGACAGACGCCACAGGCUCAGCAACUGCAGCCGUUGGCUCUGCAACCACAGCAGGGCCCUGGCCCAGCUGGGCAGGUUCCAGUGCCAGUGCCUUCACAACCGGAGGCAGGUUGGAGCAAGUUCCAGGACAGUUACCUCACCUUCCUAAGUGCCCCUGGUGGGAGUUCUCGGCGCGGCAGACAGUCUCAGGUGCAGUCACCGGUUCCCCCUGUGUCUUCACAACCUCAACAACCACCACAACAACCACCACCAACGCAACCACCACCUCAUGCUCCAGUGCUCUCAGUUGUACCACCACCUGUUGUGCCACCAAUGGUGCCUGAAGAGACACCAAGUACAAUUACUACAUCACCAGCUGCUCCAAUACUUGAUAAGAAACCUGCUACAGAUGUAAUGACAUUGAUGCCAGAAGAAAAGGACCGCGCUGCACCUUCCCCUUAUUGUGAUUUCUGUCUUGGUGAUGCCCAGGAGAAUAAGAAGACUGGGCAUUCAGAGGAACUGGUGUCCUGUUCAGACUGUGGACGCUCAGGUCACCCAACCUGUCUGCAGUUCACACCUAACAUGAUCAUUUCAGUGCGGAAAUACAGAUGGCAAUGUAUCGAAUGUAAAUGCUGUUCAAUUUGUGGAAAUUCAGACAAUGACGACCAGUUACUUUUCUGUGAUGAUUGUGACCGAGGGUACCACAUGUACUGCCUAGCGCCACCACUUGCCACACCUCCAGAGGGGUCGUGGAGUUGCCGUCUGUGUCUUGUGGAGUUUCAUAAAAAAUAAUUUCUAUCAGAUUUAUUAUCACACACACUCAGGAAAUAUUUCAUUGCAUGUAAUUCUUUUCUGGUACUUAAGUGAAUGAGGUUUUAGUGUAAACUUUCAGCUUGUAUUGUGUAUUAAUACAUCAACAAGUCACACCAGCAUCACAUGUUUGGUAGCUGAUUGGAAGUAUUUCUAUUAUAAAUGUUUGAUUGUCUACUACUACUACUUUUGCAAUAGUAGUUCAUAGUACUGAAUAUGUCUUUCAUAGCUCUUUAAAAAAGUUGAUAUUGUAUUUUGGCAUUAUGAAGGGACAGGUUAUAACUGUUGAUGUGUUCCCAUGACAUAUUAUUCAGCAUGACAGUUUGUGACUUUGACUUAGACAAUAGGCAUAGAGCUGUAACUUUUAUGCUCACUGUGAUUUUCUUUUUCUAUCAUUGAAUGUUAUAAAGAUAUAUGUUUCUGGAUAUUACUUAUUAAUAAAACUUCUGUAAUUACCCGAGUUAUGAGAAUAAUUUUUCUAUUAGAGGAAUUACUUAUCAAACAAAAAGAUAAAGGGAAACAUUUCAAACUUAUGGCUGAAGUGAGCUUUAUAAGACUGAAUGCUGGGCUCUGAAAGCCUGAGGAUUGGUUUUAUCUGUUGAUUGCUCCUGCCUCUGGAUUGUAUUUUCUAUCCUUAAUAAUUAUCACCUUCACAAUGAGGUUCAGUCAAGCAUAUAAUUCAAAAACAUCACUCA